GUGACGGACGACAACUGCCUGGGCUGUCACGGCGCGGCCAUGACCCACAUGUACAAGCAGGACCGGUCCCGGCGGACCAUCGACAUCGUCUACGUCACGGCCCACGUCGACGUCACCCAGACGCCGUUCUGCGUCGCCGUCGACCACUCCCGGUCCCGGAUCGUCGUCGCCAUCAGGGGCACCAUCAGCAUGCAGGAUAUUUUGACGGACCUGAAUGCCGAAGCCGAGAUCAUUCCGAUAUCAAAGCCUCGAGAGGAUUGGCUCGGCCAUAAGGGCAUGGUGCAAGCGGCCGUGUACAUCCGCAACAAGUUGAAGGAGGAGGGGAUCCUGAAGGAGGCGAUCGAGAAGAGCACGGAGGGGAUGAAGGGAGACGAGGAGGCGGGGUUCCAGGGGGAGGGCCAGGGGGCAUACCCCCUGGUGCUGGUGGGGCACUCGCUGGGGGCGGGGACGGCGGUCAUCCUUGCCAUCCUGAUGAGGGAGGAGUUUCCCGAUCUGGAGGCUUUCGUGUACUCGCCGCCGGGGGGGCUGCUCAGCCUGUCGGCGGCGAAGUACACGCAGGAGUUCUGCACGUCGGUGAUCCUGGGCAAGGACGUGGUGGCGCGGAUCGGGUUGAGCCAGAUGGAGGUGCUCCGAGCGGACCUUCUCAACGUCCUCACGCGAAGCAGGGAGACGAAGGUGGAGUGA